AUGACUCGACGCAAGAGCAAUCUCUCAUCCACAGUUGUCAACGAUGAUAUCUACAUCAUUGGAGGUUGGUCUGAUGAGCCAGAGGCUGGCAUUCUUGAUCUUGUAGAACGGUUUGACACACAGACAAACGAUUGUCAGCCAGUACGCCCGUUAACCUUCCCUGCCAGCGCUACAUGCGCCUGCACUCUGCGUGACAGACGUUUGGUGCGAAAGUACGUCCAACUUGGUCCCAAUGUCCCUCUACCAGGGACCCCGGGAUACACCUUUUUGGCCAGCACUGAGCCAGGGAACCAGACCGAUGCCGAACUUGAAGGUAAGCCGUCUAGGUCUGCUCAAAUAUGA